AUGGCGCAGCAAAAUGAUGAUGUUGUGGGGAGUUUGCCCAUGACCUACCAAGAGGCAUGGGACCAUGUGCUGGCUGUAAAUCCAAGCCUUUCAACUGCACAGGGUCGAGCCAUGCGAGGUGGUGAUGUCAAAUUUAUGGAGGUGUUUGGUGGAGUGGGGUCCAUUGCUGGGGAGCAUGUCUUUGAUGUGCGCAGGAAUGCAUUGCACAAUAUCCAUACUCGGCAUGGGCUAAAAAGUCUUUUGACUUUGCUCUUGAUGGUGGAGAACGUCUUGGGCAACGGGUCUCGCUUUGUAAAGCAUGGAAAUUCAACAGCCCAUAUCAUUGGCAAGAUUCUCAUUCCGAUCUGCGAGCUCCUCUCCAUUUAUUGGGUGGUGGAAAACCCGGAGCUCGGUUGCCCAGAGACCUUGUUGGGCCGCCACCCGCGGCAUGGUUCGUUUUUGCGUUUGCUUCUGGCCACGGCCUCUGUGGAGGAUUUUGUGGUCGUCAAGGUGGACAUAGAUGGCGGACCUGAGCUGGCCAUCGUCGAGGCAAUCGCCGAACGACCUGAACUGGCCAGACUGGUGGAUGAACUCUAUUUCGAGUAUCAUUUUGAGUUUGACUUCGACUUCGGCUGGGGUGGCAGUAACUGGGAUGGGGCUGGCCGGACCGUGGACACCGCCAUGAACCUCAUGCACCGCUUGCGGCAAGCUGGAAUCCGCGCGCACUUUUGGAUAUGA